GGCUCCAUCUUCAACUACAACGGGGGGUGCGUCCUCGGAAUGAGCGGCGCGCAGUGCGUAGCCAUCGCGUGCGACCUGAGACUCGGUGCAAAUAAUUUCACCACGAUCAGCACCAAUUUCACGAAGAUAUUUAAAAUGAACGAUUACGUUUAUGUGGGACUUAGCGGACUCGCAACAGAUAUUCAGACAUUGUAUGAGUUGCUAAGGUACCGAGUGAACCUGUACGAAAUUAGACAAGAGAGUCCAAUGGAUAUAGAUUGCUUCGCAAAUAUGUUAUCGAGCAUUUUGUAUGCUAAUCGAUUCUCUCCCUAUUUCGUGAACCCGAUUGUGGUUGGCUUUCGAGUUAAACACACUAUUGAUGAUGAGGGGAAAAAAAUUUCUACUUUUGAACCCUACCUCACUGCGUACGACUUGAUUGGCGCCAAGUGCGAGACGAAUGAUUUUGUUGUGAACGGGGUCACCGGAGAGCAACUCUACGGAAUGUGCGAGUCGCUCUACAUAAAGGACCAGGACAAAGACGGCCUCUUCGAAACCAUCUCCCAGUGCCUGCUGAGUGCCUUGGACAGAGACUGCCUAUCCGGAUGGGGAGCCGAAGUUUACGUUCUGACGCCCGAUACGAUCAUGAAGAAGAAACUGAAAGCACGAAUGGACUGAAGCGCCACUUUUUUACGGCCCGCAGAAAUUGCGCCUUUUUUUGUAAUUCCCCUGAAAGCUCAUGCAAAGAUGAGAUGGGUGUACACCACGAGGGGGUGAGAAGGCGCGUGCGCAUGUUUGCGCCUACCCGUGCGAGCACACCGCUGUGCGUGGCAGCACAGACUUUUAUUAGGUCCCCCCUUAACACCACAAAUGAAGCAAAUUAAAUUGUCGCUUCGUCGCAUCG